AUCAUCGCCUGGUUUAAUGUUUUGCCGCGACGAUCUGUGACUAUUUAUAACAUGCAUGUUGCAAAGUUUCGGGUUUGAGCAUGGUGAAGCCCAAAAUCAAGGUCAAGCAUCAAUACUCCAAGCACUCCGUUCCACACCACCAUUCCUCCAAUGUACUCAACAAUCACACUCCUCAUGACAAUUCGAGUGAUGUGGCAGGGGAGAUGUCAGUAACGGCGCAACUGCAACAAUUACGAAUAGAAAAUGCAAGAAGCCGCCGUACGGUGCAAGGAGGAAAUAUACAACGACAGACACAGCUGCAAGAUAUCCAUCCCUUCUACAACUUCGAAUCUGGAACACCACUACCCGAGAUUCGUCCUCAAAAUAAUACUCAAGGUACGAACAGAAGGGUUCCAGGACCUCAAGCCCCAAGGUCUUGGAUUGCAGCCAUGAGAGCUAAAAGUACCGCAGUUCAUGAAAAACAGAACAUUACAGAGAGAAUCCAGAAGAGAAACAAGGCGAGAAUUGGAGUCAGGUCACUUCGUGAAAUUUGCACCUACACAGUGGCAUAUCAAAUUAUCUACAGUCAAGAGCAUGCGGCACGUCUGUCAAGAACUUUAGCCAGCACUCCUAUACAUUUGAAGGAGUUUCUAUUGCGCGCUAUUUCUGAGCUUGGCGGUGUUAACGACAGGAUUCUCAAGAUGAUGGGGGUACUUGACUUGAACGACUUGUGUUUAGAAAAUUGCACGUUGUCCUUGGAUUUGUUUUACAGGACGUUCUGGAAGUUAGAGACGAAAUAUAUCCAACGAACGAAGGAGAGUAAAGACACAUGGGAAGAACUAGACGACGACGACGAAUUGGAAGAAAACACAGCUGUAACGUCCAUAUCCGACAAGUACGACGAUGGCCGGUUUGCGAGUUUGUUUCGGGUCGCACGCCUAAUCAAUCCUGUGAUAGACCUAUCGAAACAAUGGGUAAUUACGACCAGACUGACACAGCUUACGUCGCUGGAUAUUUCCUUCUUUCGACCGCAUCUUCCAGGACUUGCUACGUCUGAGCUCAUUGUUACCACGCUACCGCAUUUGACAUCAUUGUCCUUGGCGGGCAUGCUCCAGAAAGACGAUGGGUAUGGAGCUUUAUCUGUUCUGUCGAAAGGAUUGAGGAUGCUGCAGUUUUGGGAUAUUGGAUACCACGAUUGGAUUACACCUGAGGUGAUAUGUGGAUAUGGUUCCAUCCUGGUGAUCAACUGGGACAAAGAUCUACAAAACCUCGACUAUUUAUCUUUGGAGCAUAUAUCUACAGACAAUGAUUCGGAUAUGUCGGCUGCCAUGGCUGUCAAGAACCAGUUUUAUGACGAUGUUUGGGGACACGGUCGAGCCAGACGAAGACCCAUCAUCUUAACGAAUCCCAAUCAAUACCAAAGUUAUAUACAACAAACGUAUCUUUGAAGCAGAAUAGUUUGAUAUAGAAAAUGUAAUGACGUUUUAUUUUUAUUUUUGCAGUUGUUAUAAUUCAACUGUCCAUCAAGCAUUGUAAAUACUGUAACACUUGACGUUCAUACCUGCAAACUAUCAAGAAAAGUAAAUUGACUCGAGAGCUAUGCGAUUCAAGAUAUA